AUGAAUUCCAACAGAAUUAACAAUAAUAACAUUCGACAACAACAACAACAAAUAAUUGAUGGACAACAAUUAAUUCAAUCACGUUCAAGUAUUUAUUCUUCUGAUGGAUUUUCUUGUUCAUCUGACAGUUUACCUGCCCCUUUACUUUAUCAAAGAAAUUCUUCAAAUAUUCUAGAAUUUGAACAGAAUCAACAAAAUAUUCAUUUAAAUCAAAACAAUAAUAGUCAAGUUCAAACAAAUUUGGCUUGGGAUACUUUUAGGUUAUUACCUCCAGAACCUGAUAAAAAUAAUAAAGCCAAUUUAUAUAUCAUCUUUCUUCAAAUACUCAAAUUAUUAACAUUCUUUGUACUUUUUAUUAUCACACUUAGCAGCUCUAUAAUUUCUAAAUUAAUUUUGCUUGUAAUGGCGGCAGGUUUAGGACAAUCUGGUAAAAAUAUAAGUAUUUGUCCAGACAAAAUACCCGAAUCUACAGAAAAUAGGGUUAUUAUUUCACCAAAAAAUGCGGCAAAAUGGGCCUGGGCCCUUCUAUUGUCUUUAUGUUUACCUGAAUUAUUUUGUUUUGCUCGUUCUCUACAUCGAAGUAUGUUCAGAAAAGUUAGAGGCCUUGCUUUUGCUCAUUUUUUAAUUAUGUUCACAGUAGAAAGUGCUCAUGCAUUUGGAUUGGGUGCCUUAACUUUUAAAAUUAUGCCAAAUAUUUCAGCCAUUACCAUUCUUCAAUUAGCAAAUUCUUUGUGUUUAAUUCCUUCAAUAUUACUUUUAUUUAGUCGACCUAUUAAUCGCUGGCUUCCAUUAUUUUUAUUAAUUGAUACUAGUGCAAUUAUUGCUCAAUUAAGUGCUUUUAUUUGGAAGAAAUAUUUUCCGAUUGACAAUUUUAUAUUUUUAUGUACUUUUUUAAUUUCCAUUACUUGGUGGCAGAAUUUUAUGCAUCCAAAAUCGUUUUUUCCGUUAACAAGAUUUUUUGCUUAUUAUGCAACAAAAAUACGUGAAUGCCGUUCUAAGGCUUAUUUGAUAAUUUCGCCAUGGAAAUGUUUAAUUUUUACUUUUUGUAUGUUUCAAUUUGUUCCUUCAAAUAAUGUUCCAAUUAAUUAUUUACUUCAAAAAGACCCCUUUGGAGAACAUUUAAUUACCAUAAAUGCCUAUAAUUUAAAUCAAACACAAUUAAAUUUAUUUCAAAAAAGAAUGGAAGAAUUACAAAGAAUUAAUGAGGGUUAUAGUAAAUAUCAACAACAAAUAUUAACCCCAAAAAUUAACUUAAAUAGAAAAAUUGUUGAAGAAAUAAAUGGAUUAAUUAAUGGAACAAAAAAUAAUUUUAAAAAUAAAAAAAUAAUUGUUGAAAGAAAAAUUAAAGAAAAAAUUAAAAGGGAAAGAAGAAAAGUUGAGAAAAAGGAGGAGGAAGAAGAGGAAGAUGUAGCUGCUUAUAAUAUUUAUGAGGACCGUAUAGAAUUAAACCAAUUUACAACAGCUUUUGAUGCCCUCUGGUUAGCCUUUAUUCAAAUUGGAAGUUCUUUAAUUUGUCAAUUAAGUGCUAAAUUUGCUUGCAAAGUUUUAAUGCAAAGAAUGGGGUUGGCACUUCCAGUGUUUUUGUCUGUUCCAAUUAGUAUAAUAUUACUUUCAAAUUUUUGUCAAAAAAGAGCAAAAGAUUCGUGUUAUUUAAAUGAUUGGAUAAGUAAAGAAUUAUUUUGGAAAUGCCCUUCUAGAUCCUUAACUUGGAAUCGUUUUUGGAGAGAAUUUUCAAAUAUUUUGUGGUUGGGGUGGUGGUUAUCACAAUCUUGGGUUACAAUACACAUUUGGUUUCCUAAACAGGAGAGAUUAGCUAAAUCUGACGAUUUGUUCCUCCUCGGCUAUUUUGAUGGAGUAUUUCCUGAACAAUGUAUUUCUUUGGAUCGGAGAAGAGACGAUAAAAUUCGAAUUCGAUCUGAUGAAAUUGAAACUGAGGAUGAAGAUGAUGGAAAUGGAAGUACACAUACUUGUGAAUCAGCUGCUUCUGGAAAUUCUCCUAGGCCUACAGCUGGUUUAAUUAAUGCCACAUCUAUUAGUAGUAGUAUUAGUAAUACUAGUCAAAGGUCAGAUGGAGGAUUAAUAAGGGAGUUACCAAGUAGCGCCGAUACUAUUUGUAAAAUUUAUGUUUGCGCAACUAUGUGGCACGAAAGUGCAUUAGAAAUGGGUUGUAUGUUGAAAUCCAUUUUUCGACUUGACGAGGACCAAUGUGCACGUAGAAAUGCUCAACGUUAUUUGAAGAUUGUAGACCCUGAUUAUUAUGAAUUUGAAGCACAUAUUUAUUUGGAUGAUGCUUUUGAAUUAAAUGAACAUAAUAAUCCAAUACCUAAUAAAUUUGUUUAUCAAUUACUUGGAAGUAUGAAUGAAGCUGCCUCUUCUGUACACCAAACACAACUUCAACUACGUACACCCAAAAUUUGCAUUACUCCCUAUGGGGGUAGAAUUAGCUAUGUUUUGCCUGGACGAAAUAGGCUUUCUAUUCAUCUUAAAAAUAGAUUCCUUAUCAGACAAAGAAAACGUUGGAGCCAAGUUAUGUAUCUUUAUUUUCUUCUUGGAUUUCGUCUCACUCUUCGUGUUAAUGACAAUAAAAGGAGAGAAUUACUUGCAGAAAAUACUUUUAUACUAACAUUGGAUGGAGAUGUUGAUUUCCAACCAGAAUGUGUACAUUUAUUAGUUGAUUUGAUGAGGAAAAAUCGUCGAUUAGGUGCUGCUUGUGGUCGUAUCCAUCCUCGUGGAAUAAUGAUUUGGUAUCAAAAAUUCGAAUAUGCCGUUGGGCAUUGGUUACAAAAAGCUACUGAGCACAUGAUUGGUUGUGUUCUAUGUUCUCCUGGCUGUUUUUCACUUUUUCGAUCAUCUGCUUUAAUUGAUGAUAAUGUGGCGCGUAAAUAUGCAACUAAACCUUUCCAUUAUGUUCAAUAUGAUCAAGGAGAGGAUCGCUGGUUAUGCACUUUACUUCUUCAACGAGGCUAUCGAGUUGAAUAUUGUGCAGCCUCGGAUGCUUUAACUUUUGCACCAGAAGGUUUUAAAGAAUUUUUCAAUCAACGUAGAAGAUGGAUUCCCUCUACAAUGGCUAAUAUAAUAGAUUUACUUCAAGACUACAAAAAUGUUGUUAAAGUAAAUGAUUCUGUGUCUAUUUGGUAUAUUGCCUAUCAAUUAGUUAUGUUAUUCUCGUCUGUUUUGGGACCUGGAACUAUUUUCUUAAUGAUUGUUGGGGCUAUUUCUAUUUCUUUUAAUGUUGAUACACGUUUGGCUCUAUUAAUUGUUACAACACCUGUUGUGUGUUUUUGUAUUUGUUGUUUGACUUGUAGUACUGACACUCAGUUAUUAUUGGCACAAAUAAUUGGAGCACUUUUUGCAAUGUUAAUGACUGCAGUAAUUGUGGGGACUUCAUUACAAAUUCAAAAAGAUGGAAUUCUCUCCCCUCAUUCAAUAUUUUUGUUUACAGUUUUAGGCAGUUGGACAUUUUCUGCUCUUUUACAUCCACUUGAAUUUUUAUGUCUUUUACCUUGUGGACUGUAUUUUUUGGCAAUUCCUUGCAUGUAA